AUGCCUCGAAGAUAUGUGCGCAUAAACAACAAUACGGCUGCACCACCGCCACCACCACAACCAAAGAUAAACUCUACUGCUUUUCAGGCAACAGUCUCGGUUGCUAUCACUGCAGCGUUGGCUCACAUCCACAAUGGAAACAAUGGAAGUGGAAAUGGCCAAGGAACAGGAAGCUCUAAUCAUGGAAUGAAUCAAGUGCCUACAAAAGCAUGCACCUAUAAAGAUUUUUAUAAUGCGAAGCCCCAAACAUUCAACGGAACCGGUGGGGUGAUAACCUUAAAACGCUGGAUCGAGAAGACCGAGUCCGUCUUCGAAAUUUGUGAAUGUCCGGAAGAAAAUAGAGUGAAGUUUGUGGCCUGUAUGUUUGUUGAUCAAGCCCUAUCAUGGUGGAAUGGCCAUGUUGGGGCCUUAACAGUUCCAGUUGCAAAUAUCAUCUCGUGGGAGGAACUCAAGGAGAUGUUGUUGGCUGAAUAUUGUCCCCAUGGGGAAAUACAGAAGCUGGAACAGGAGUUAUGGAAUCUUACUGUGCAAAACUCAGAUAUUGAAGCCUAUAUCGCUAGGUUCAUCGAGCUGACACUUCUGUGUCCGGGAAUGAUAACCUCGGAGGGAAAGAAAAUCGAACGCUUUAUUUGGGGAACAUUAUUGCAGCCAACCUUGAAACAUUUGAUAGUGCAAAACGUUUAG